UGAAAGCACCAAGUAUGCGGAGCUCCUGGUUUUUGGCUAUGCCUGCAAGGUGUUCCGGGACGAUGAGAGGGCUCACUUCCACGAACAAGGCAAACACCUUAUCCCAUGGAUGGGGGACAAGAGCAUCAUGAUUGAUAGGUCGGUUGAACAAACUCACAGGGAUACAUACUUAACCAACUUUGCCUUCCGAAGGGACCUCUUGGAUUUCCUUUGCGCAAGGCGCGGUUGUAGCCAAUGUUGCAGCUAGCUUGCUAACGUUAGCCCAAACAGAGCCAAAGAGACAGAGAGACUGCGUCCACUUCUAGGGCUCUAACACAGCUUCGCUUUUUAGCUGAAAGAAGACGAAGAGCCUGUAGCAUUAUUUCAGUGAUUUCAAACAUGACAAUAUGCAGCCUUCCUCCCCUGGACAUAUUUUGUUUACUAGCUAAUCACCUAUUUGCUAGCAUGACAUUUAGCUUAAGCCAGUUGGAAAAGGCCUAAUUUGUUGUUGUACACCUCAAAAACAUUGGCCACACACAAAUACUUGCAAAAGAUAAUCACUAAUACAUAUGUUUGCAUUGUUGUCUGUAGGGGAGGCCUGGUGCAUCUUGUCUCAUGGAAGGAAUUUGCUUUGGUUACAGCCUCCUUGAAUAGCUGGUUUUAUUUUGGUCUGAAAAGUUCACACGUGUUCAGCUGCAAAUCACAGCAAAUUCCCUUACAAAAAGACACUACUGAUGUGAAGCCUAUGUGUGAACUAAGGUGGCUCUUCAUUAGUCAAACAUGUUUGUAAAUAUGUGUGAGGGGAACCUACCUGGCCUGCCUGCUUUGCCUCAUUGAGACCAAAAGGUAACUUCAAACUAAAAAACAGUUUGGUCAUGGGUCUGAAUGGCUUAAUAUUGCCAACUAACAAUAAAUGACUCUCUUGUUUGAGCCACCUUAAUCAGCACGGUGCUGUUUCCUGUUCCAAAUGUGUAUGUAUGUGUCUCUCUUAUCACAUAACCAGACCUUAUUUCCUCAGCAAGUAUGGCUAAAGGGGUCCCUCCGGCCCCCACAUUUGCCACCCCAUCUGCGCACUCCUCUCCAAGAGAACUGGAACAGAGAGGUGGAAAAAAGGAGCGAACGCAGGAAAAUUUCGUCCAUUUGGGUUCUUGCGGAUAGGUAUGACGGACGGGGUCACCUGCAUGACCUUUCUGAAUAUGACGCUGACUCCUGGAACCGAGAUUACCAGCUGUCGGAGGAGGAGGCCAGAAUUGAAGCCCUGUGUGAUGAGGAAAGAUACCUGGCUCUUCACACGGAUCUCUUAGAAGAGGAGGCCAGACAAGAGGAAGAGUACAAGCGGCUGAGCGAGGCGUUGGCGGACGAGGGCACUUUUAACGCGGUGGGCUACCGCUACAGCGCCGACUACUACGACCCCUCGCAGCCCACCGAGGAGGAGGAGGCCAACAAGGAAGCAGCAGAAGCACAGGAGGACAGCGAGGAACCCUUUGUAGCCCCCCCAGGCCUCCUCAUACCCCCCGAUGUGGAACUGCCAGCCACCAUAAAGACCCAUGCCAUCAUCGAGCGCACGGCCAACUUUGUGUGCAAGCAAGGCGCCCAGUUUGAGAUCGUGCUGAAAGCCAAGCAGGCCAAAAACUCCCAGUUUGACUUCCUGCGCUUCGACCACUACCUGAACCCCUACUACAAGCACAUCCUCCGCGCCAUGAAGGAGGGCCGCUACACGCCCGUCUCCGACAACCAGCACGGUCCGCAGCAGGACACACAGUCCGAUGACUCUGAUGAUGAUGGUGACGGCAGCUACCUCCACCCCAGCCUCAUGGCACCCAAGAAGUGCUCUCGGCUGGAGGAGCUGAUGAAGCCCCUCAGGGUCAUUGAUCGGGAUCACCCGUUGUUGGCGCUGGUCAUCAAAGCCCAGCAGGAGAAGAAUGGCGGUGCUGCAGCUGCCGCCCCUGCACCUGCACCUGCACCUGCACCUGCACCGGCCCCACCCACAGUAGAGGAGACCCAGCCUGCACCGUCCACUCAGGCAGAGUACCCCGCCGAUCCUAAUGUUGCCCCGAUGUACUAUGGGUACUGCCUGCUCCCGGAUGGCACGUACUGUCUGGCGCCGCCUCCUCCUGGGAUCGACGCCAACGCGUACUACAGCACUCUGCCCCAUGGCAUGAUGCCGCCUCAGGCCUCGGCGGUGCCCCCGCCCCCAGGAACAACCCCUCCGCCCGAAGCGAUGCCCAUCGCCCCCGUUUCUGCGCCCAUGCCCGUCCCUGUCUCAGUCUCCGCUCACAGUCAGGUUACCUACUCUGCUCCCCCCAGUCAAGUUACCUACUCUGCCCCCCCUACCCAGGUCACUUAUUCUGCGCCCCCGACCCAAAUCACCUAUUCUGCGCCACCCACCCAGGUGACUUAUUCAGCCCCCCCUACCCAGAUGACCUAUUCUGCUCCCCCUACUCAAGUCACCUAUUCGGCUCCCCCCACACAGGCCACCUACUCUGCCCCCCCGACCCAAGUCACCUACUCUGCUCCCCCCAGUCUGGUUUCUUACAGCGCCCCGGCUGUCAGCGCAGUGACAAGUGUUCAGCCCCAAGCUCCAGUCGCCCCAGCAGUGACGGCGGUCGCCCCAGCCCCAGCAGUGGCUCUGGUCGCCCCGACAGUGGCUUCCCCACCGCCGGCGGUGGCCACUCCCCCCCCCAGCAUCAUCCCGCCGCCCCCGGACAUCCAGCCGGUCAUCGACAAGCUGGCACAGUACGUGGCCCGCAACGGCGAGAAGUUCGAGGGCAGCGUCCGCGCCAAGAACGACCCACGGUUUGAUUUCCUGCAGUCCUGGCACCAGUACAACACCUAUUACGAGUUCAAGAAGCACUACUUCAUGCAGAAAGAAGGGAGAAGGCUGCCAGAGGUUGGGCCAGAGGCGGAGGACACGGAUGGCUCGGCUAACGGCUCGUCAGACAAGCCCCCUGACGAUGGCAAACUAAUUAAAGCGUCCUUUGCGCCCAUCUCGUUCGCCAUCAAGGCCAAGGAGAACGACAUGCUGCCGCUGGAGAAGAACCGCGUGCGGCUGGACGACGACUCGGACGAGGAGCGUGCCGGCGAGGAGGACCUGGACGGCGCAGCGCUGGCUGCAGUGGCGGGAGCGGCGACCUCCGCCGGGGUCGUCUCCGCGGCAACCCAGGCAGUCAAGGAGGCUUCGGCGGCCCCUCCGCCAGAGGAGAAGAAGCCGACGCUCACGCUGGAGGAGCUGGAGGCCAAGCAAGCCAAGCAGAAGCUGGAGGCGCGGCUGGCAGCGGCGGCGCGGGAGAAGCUGGCUCAGGCCUCCAAGGAGUCCAAGGAGAAGCAGCUGCAGGCGGAGCGCAAGAGGAAAGCCGCUCUCUUCCUGCAGACGCUCCGCGGCCCCGACACAGAAGCCAAGCGGCCCGAGGAGACAGCCGCACCCCCAGAGAUGGAGGUCAUGCCCAUCAUGGCGGCUGCUGCCACCCUCCCUGCGAUGUCCCGAGUGCCCGCUCUGCCCGCCGAGUACCAGUCCAGCGAGGUGCCCGCGCCGAGGCCCAGCGAGGCUGCAGCCCUCUCCUCCGCACACGCCGCCGCCUCCUCCUCUUCCAACUCUGCGUCCGCCGCCUCGGCCUCCCGCGGUCCCGAGCGGGAGAAGGAGAAGGACAAGGAGCGGGAGCGCGAGCGGGAGCGGCGCAGGGACCGGGACAAGGACAAGAAGAAGAAGAAGCACAAGAGGAGGUCGAGGUCAAGGUCACGCUCCAAGUCCAAGUCCAAGUCCAAGGCCAAGGCCAAGCACGGCCUGCCCAGCGCCUACCGCCGGCUCAGGAGAUCCAGGUGUGUCUCUGCGUCCCAGUCCAGGUCUCCAGGCAGGCGGGAGCGGAAGACUCGCUCGCCCGAGUGGCGGCGCGAGGAGAGAGAGCGCGAGCGGCACGGCGGCGGCGGCGCCGGCACUUAUCACCAGGGCAACAGCUCCGGCCUGGGCAGGAAACGCUCCCGAUCCAGGUCUCCUCAUGAGAAGAAGAAGAGGAAGAGCUCCCGUUCUCAGGUGAUGAAGGGCUCGUCUCGCUCCCCCUCCGCCUCCCCCGACCGCACGGAGGAGAAGAAGCGCCUCGGCCUCGGCACAGUCUCCGCCAGCCCCUCGCCUGCCACCAGCCCCACAUCCAGGGACGGCUCGCAGGAGAAAGACAAACAAGUGACAUCAGCCAUCGUCUCCUCGGUCCAGUCCAAAAUCACUCAGGACCUCAUGGCUAAAGUGCGGGCCAUGCUGGCUGCCUCUAAGACCCUGCCCAGCAACCCCUCGUGAGGAGCCCCGGCCCUGGGAGGUGCCUGCUGGCCCAGUGCAGCAGGAGACGUGCAGGAGGAGGUGAAGGAGGUGAAGGAGAGCGCUCCCAAACAGCAGUACUCUGCCUCGCCUUGCCACCACAAUAAAAGGCAUUGAGGACACCUGCUCACACACACACACACACAUGCGCGCACACACACAUACACCAGUGGCCUUCAGCAGGAGAGUGGGAGCCCCCACCACACACACACACACACACACACACACACACACACACACACACACACAUACUCACACUCACACACACGCUGCCUCUCUGUAGGGAGGGCAGCCGAGGCCUCAGUUUUUUUUUUUUAUUAUUAUUUUGUUUGUUUGAUUGGUUGGUUUGUUUUUAAACCUUUGGUCCAUUUGUGGUUUGGUUGUGUUGACCUUCUGAUUUUAGAAUCGUUUUGUUUGUUUUGUUUUGUUUUGUUUUAUUCUCACAAUGGAAAUGUGAACAUUUGCAAGUCAUAUGAGCCCCCAUCCCACUCAAAGAGAAAGACAAUAUGGCCACAGAUGAGCAGCAGGUCUGGAAUGGGGAAAAACCCAGCGUUGCUUUACCAGAGAACUGCGGUCUGUCGCUCCCAGAACCGCUGAAAUCAGCGUUCAUCUGACACAGAGACAUCGAACCGGAGGCAACUGAGCAUCCGAACACUAUGCAUGUUGUCUCUCAAGCUGAAGAAACGGACAGCUCCACAAGAGAACUUUUGAGGAAAGUUAGAGUGAUUUGUGGAUGUACCUUGUGUGUGUCUCUCUAAAGAAGUAGAUGGUGGGGAAGAAGGGGAGGGAAAAAAAGCCAAUUUCCUCCAAUCUGAUGACUGGACUGUUUCUCGGGUAAUUGGCACAACAGCCAGGACCUCUGCAUUAACGUCCUUCUGUGAAGGAUUGUGUCAUUUGGCGUGCUUUCUCAUCCUCUCUCUCUCGCUUUUUAUUUUCUAAGCAGGUCAGGUUCUUCUUCUCCCUUCCUCCCUCUCAAAGCUUCGAAUGCUAUCUUUUUUUUUUUGUUUCCCUCUGUUUCUACAGAACUUCUUGUGCAGAUGCUUUCUAUAACAUGUGUUAAUAAAAAUUCAAAUAAUGUUGAAAAAAAUAUGAGCGUUGCCUGGUUGUGCUCUUUUGAGAACUCAUUUGGAGAUGAAAGUGAAAUGGCAAUUCAUAAUGGUUCAUAAGUGAAGUUUUUAAAAUGUGCAAUCCUCAUUUGCAUCUGCGAAUGUGCCUGUGCUUUGGGAGACUUAAAAUUUUUAUUUUCAACUGAAUAUCCACAGGCC